UCUCUCUCUCUCUCUCUCUCAGACCGGAAGCAAUAAACAGGAUUCAUCAUCAUCAUCAUCAUCAUCAUCAUCAUGGCCCAUGUUCAACCUAGAUUGCUGUAUUACCUCCCUUCCCUGGAUACUGAAAAUCUCUUAGAACAGCAAGUGAAGUUGAAUCACCUGGGUGUUCUCGAACCUCAACUCAAAACCAAUCUGCAGUUUGCGAUUUCAGCCAUGGACACACUUCCACGCAUACUGAAGAAAACCGCAGAACUUGUGGUCGAAGGCGAGAAAACUCUGGUCAGAAUCAUGGCAGGUCGUUCCAAUCUGCGUUGUGUUGUGUUCCAGGGCCAUGAAGGCACCGUACUUCACCAGAUAAUACAGUUAGACAGAAAUCUGCUUCCUGAGGACAUCCAUGAUGCUUUUUUCCGUGGUCAUGACUGUCCUUACAAUACACCAUGUAAGAUGCAGGCUAGGGAUGCUGUAGGCUAUCGAUCCCAGAGCCAGUUCGAAAUAAAUAUUGUCUGCAAAGAGCUGAGACUUACCUUCUCCGAUCCUAAUCCAGAAGAGAUGAUUGCGUUGCCAUCGUCUGACUGGAAUUCAAAAAAAUUGAUGCAAUGGCUUAAAAAAACGUAUGUGAGGCCACCUCAAAAGGAGCCGCUGAACGAGGAAGAGUCAGAUCACGACAUCAGCAACUAAGGAAAGAAACGGUAACACGUCUCCCUCUCAGAUGGUGUAAAUCAGGAAGCAACUCCCUUUAAGGAGGAAGAAGCCAAUUUCACAUUCCCCCUGGCAGUGGCUGACCACCUGAAUGUGUUUUCUGCUUCAUCUCGUGACUCAAGAACCAAGAACAAAAGGAACAUGUAGAAUUCUAAUCAAUUAAAGUAUGCCACUAGGGCAAAUAUUAAAUUAUAUGCAUGUGCUCAUAUAUAACGUGUGAUAUCUUUGUGUUGUGUUCAACAUGUUUCUCAUAAACUUUAGGAGUGUAAUCAACCUGUACAACCCUUGCUAUACAUAAAGGUAUGAAUGGGUAUGCAUGACAGGAGAUAUAUAUUCAACUCAACUAUAUAUUUAACUCUGUAUAUUUAAUGAACACUGAUGUGCAUGAAAUCUUAGUCAUAUGAACCAGACUCAUGUUAAUACACUUUACCUAAGUUACUAAAAUUGCACUGAGAUGGCCUCCCACGUGACAGACCAGACCACAGGUUAAAUGUCUGCAUGAGAACGAAGGAACCAUGUGGGCGUGGCUAUGCCCACAACAACCUCUGAUUGGGACAAAUGGCAGGGGGACGGACCCUCGCCGUGAGAUUACGUCACCCUCUGAACUGUUUGUGUAUGCGUGCGUGCAUGUGUGUGUGUGUGUGUGAUCAAGUAGCGUAGUUUCAUGUAUCGUAGAUUAGUCAAAUAAAUUUUUGU